UUUCACCUCCUCUUCCCUUUCUCUUUCCCAAAACACAAGACAACAAUCACGAAAACAGCCAACUCGGGCCAUCCUCCCCACCAUGGCAACCCUCGACACCCCACCUUCAAUCCCUUCACCAACCAUCCCUCCCUACCUUACCCUCUUGACACAAUUCCUCUUUGGUCUCACCGCGACCUCUAACUCUACACUCCUCUUCCUCUUCUCGUCUACAUGGGGUAUCUAUUGGAUAUAUAGUAUAGCGGUGUAUAAGUAUGCAGGAGCUUAUUUGGAUGUUUAUAUUACUGGGUGUACGAUGUUUAGUGUUGUGGUGAGGAUUCUGGCCGUGGGUGUGCUGGGGGAAAGGGGGUUUGAGAGGAAGAAGAAAGAUGACGGGGAAGAGGACAAAGGGAAAGAGGUGGGAAAGGAGGGAAACCAGAAGAGGGGGUUGUUGCAGAGGGUUUGGGAUGCGGUGGAGGUUGGGUGUAUGGGUGCUAGGGGUAUUGGAUGGACCCAUCAACUCCGCAACCUCCCCCCAGCACCUCCAGCCUCUUCCCCACGCAUCCCUUUUGCCAUACGAAACCUCGCCUCCGCCGUCUUCAAUCUCCUCCUCGUGGACCUAGCACACCACCAUCUCCGCCACAACAGCCCCAUAACUUCCCCUCCACUCGCCCAACUCUCCACCCAACCCCUCCCCUUGGCUCUCCUAAACGCCUGGCUCAUCUACCUCCAAGCCCGCUGGACUAUGACGGCACUCUACUCCCUUCUCGCCGUCUUCACCGUCCCUCUACACGUUUUUGCUCCAGUCCAUUCUACCAAUCAACAGCCAUGAAGCACUGAACAGAUCAUACAGAGCACGAGCACGAUACCGGGGUUCUUGAAGCAAAGGUUUAGGGAGCAGCAGUUCCCUGAACGUUCAUGGGGAUAGUGGAAGCCGGA